AUGGCAGAUACACAAACUCCCAACACGCUCUGCAGCGACUCGGACGGUGAAGGAUACGAAGAGUCGACGUUGAGUUUCCCUAUACUCGACGCUUCCAAACUUCCACACCGUGACUUCAGUCUGCCGCCUCGAAUAUUUAGAAAGCCGCUUGAAUUUCCUAAACCCAAUUUCGAUAAAUUGCCGAGUAAGGAAUUCAUGUUACCGAGAGAGUUGAGGGUACGGGCAGGCUUGGCCGAGAACGCAGAAGAGGAGGCAUCGGUAGUGGAUGAUUUUGGAGAGCAGGCGCAACAACCGAGGAACGGCGAAAUGGGGUUUAGUUUUAUAGGGUUGUUUUUUGGUGUGGCGAAAAUACUCGCGAAGUGGUUAUGGUUUUGGUAA